CUUUUUAGGUUUGUCGGGAUGGCGUUAUUGCACGUGAUAUGCCGCAAUCCAUUAAGGUCGGCCUCCUAUUUUUGUCCUAUUUGGGCGUCUUUCUGGCACGUCACUCUCACCGCUACCGCCAUUAGACAUACGGCUGGAUUUUCCAAGUUGUGAGCUUUCUUUCAAUGGAACAAACUGAACUAAUAUGAAUACAGGAUUUUUUCCUGAAUGUCUAUCAACUCAAUCAAUCUACCUCAAGAAAUCAUUGACAGUAUCGUCGACACCCUCUAUAAUGAUAGAAUCGCACUUCUGUCACUUAACGGCACUUCCAGGGGCUUCAGCCAUAGAGCAUGCUCGUAUCUUUUUCGCACCGUCUCUCUCCGAAGUGACCUACUUCCAAAAUUCGUCGAGCUGUGGUCCCAUUCCCCGAGAAUUCUCCCCUAUAUCCAGAACCUCCACGUGUCAGAUUAUACCCAUGAAAUGGACGAAUCACUCCGUUUGCUACCGAACAUACACAGCAUCUCAGUUAUAGAUGGUUUCGCGACCUUUGUCGCUGUCAUUUUUCCUGCAAUCACAUCGCUGACUCUCCGAAACGUCACCUUCUCCAGCCACCUCCAGUUUGACGGAUUUCUUCGGAAACUCCCAAAGCUGAAGCAUCUAUCACUGACAGACAUAUCUCUUCCCCGAUAUUGCAGCCCUCCUCCAAUAGUUGAGAAGUACGAUUUUGUGCUCGAAUCUCUGGAAAUACGUUGCCGAGCGUCUAUGAACGUCCUUCGGGUAACGGCUGAGCGAGACAUGUGUCCUCUCCCGAGCUCUCAUGAUCUAGACAAAUUGACGGUGUCUAUCAGCCUUGUUGAUUUUCUACCGCUUAUCCUGAAAAGGCUUUCAGAAAAUGGCGGUCGGGUCAAUUCUUUGCACAUAGGCCCAAGUAUCGCGAAGGACUUCCAGACAGGACCAGCAGAUUGGUCGUUCGUGCCUUGCCACGAUUCUCUUUCCCAGUUACAGCAUAUCUCCCUUACGGUGAUAGACAUCCCCGGUAUGAACCCCAUCCCAGCCUUGCACUGGCUCAUCAAUUUCCUCUCCCACGCACCCGUACCUCACAGCCUCUCUUCCCUCACUAUCACCAUCGCGUUCUCCAAAACAAGCAACGGGUUUUACCUGGUCUACAACCAAGGCUCCAUCUGGAAUGACGUGGCUGCUGCGCUGCCUGCCCUCUCGCGGUGGGAUAUCCGUCUGACCAAUUGGGACGCCAUGAAGGAUCUGGAGUUCAAUACCCUCUCCCCGGCUUCUGAGGCUAUGAAGCAGCACAUCGAGAAGAGGCUGAAGAGUUCGGAUUCAAGUGGGAUAACGAAGGUGUGGGUGGAUUAUUUCCCGGACGGAUACGAACAGUUCACCGGCGGCAAGUUCAUUCAAGCGUCUAGGACGUCGAGUAUUUUUGCAUCGGUGCUCAAUAGGAAUAUCAUUCCUUUUCGAUUCAUAUAAAUUAUCAUAAAAUAUUUUUUCGACGCUAGUAUUGUGUCCAUGAUAUAUGGCUAUUAUUACGAGGUGGUUGAUUGGGAUCUUACUUUAUAUAAACUUAUUAUUUAAUUCGGAUACCAGAUAUAGAGUAUUCCAGUAGAACUGUGAAUACAUUGUUUGCGCGUCAUAACAGAGCGGGUCUAUGUAAGUCAGCUGGAUGACAGAGGUAGUAAGAGAAGGAAGCAAAGAUGC